AUGGCAUACAUUGUUACUCUUUUCACGGCUAUCCUCCUCGUGGGCGCUCAUGGCAGUAUUGCCAUAGGCCUGACACCGAGAGUUGCUGGGAGCAAUGCUAGCCACGUCCAGACUUACCCUAUACCCGAAGACGUACCCGUGGCGACUGAUUUCGACCUCAAAGUGCGCUCACCAGGAGGCGAAUGGGAGAAGAUUGAAACCUAUCGUCCCCUCCACAACGAGAUUAAUUUUACCACCGGUAGCACUGUUCAACAUGCUUCAUCCCUUGCCCUUUUCGACUUCAAUGGCACUGUAGAGAUCCAAGCCACUUACACGAAGGAUCAAGUUUCUAAUGCCAUGGUCAGGCCGCAGUCCUUCGACAUCCGCCCAACAAAGUCAGGCUCUACCUUGACCUUCACGCUGACCGAGCCUCGUGAUGUUGUUCUUCAGGUGAAUGGCAAUGUCUUUGAUACCCUUCACAUCUUCACAAAUCUUCCCGAUACGGAUGUUCCGUCCAAGGAUGACAAGGGUGUCAUCUACUACGGCCCUGGCUACCAUAAACUGAGUUCGCCCAUCGUUGUUGGAUCUGGCGAGACUCUAUACCUUGCUGGGGGAGCUGUUGUUUCUGCCCCCGACAUUAUGGUGACGAACUCAAGUGAUGUCACGCUCCGCGGGCGGGGGGUUCUGUACAGCGAAAGGGGCAACGCUAUGAAUAUUCGGUCGUCCAACAACGUUCUCGUUGAGGGCCUCGUGGGCAUCAACUUCUUUCCACGGACCUUCGAGGCAAAGGAUAUUACGUUUCGCCGUUGGCGUGGCUUUAGUGCCGUACAAUGGGGCGACGGCCUCGAUUUGUACUCAAGCCGAAACGUUCUGAUCGACUCGGUGUUUUUACGAAACUCCGAUGACUGUAUCGCCAUUUACAACCAUCGCGACGAAUCAUAUGGCGAUAGUGUAAAUAUCACAAUUCAGAACUCAAUUCUCUGGGCCGACGUGGCACAUCCCAUCAACGUGGGCACUCAUGGAAAUACUGAGGACCCCGAGACCGUGGACGGCGUGAUUAUUCGCAACAUUGACAUACUCGAUCAACGCGAAAAGCAAAUGCUUUACCAGGGAACUAUCGCACUUAAUGCCGGCGACAGUAAUCUCAUUCAGAAUGUGCUCAUCGAGGAUGUACGAGUCGAGGACAUCCGCCUGGGUCAAUUGCUGAACUUUCGGGUCAUGUAUAAUGAGAAGUGGAAUACUUCACCUGGUCGAGGGAUUCGUAACGUUCUAGUACGGAAUCUCAGAUACGACGGGAGAAACGCCGGUACCUCUAUCUUUACAGGGUAUGACGAGGAACGAACCAUCAGCAACGUCACCUUUGAGAACCUUGUGGUCAAUGGGCUGCCUAUUUCCGAUACAAUGCAGAAACCGGGUUGGUACUUGACGACUGACUUUAUUCCUUUGUAUGCCAAUGAGCACGUCAAGAACCUUACAUUCAAAUCGACAUAA